AAAAAAUAAAAGUCGUCGUUGUUGUAUGUAAGUAAAAGCAAAGGUGAAAAUGAUUGGCGAAUAUUUAAUAUUUUGAGACAGAAACAGCACAUACAUAGUUGUUUUAAGAUUUUACAAUAUGGUAGAAAAAUUGUGAUUAAGAAACGGAUUGCCAAAACGUCCUAUAAAGUGAUAUAUCACUUUAUUUAUUUAUUUAUUUAUUUAUUUAUUUAUAAGUUGGAAUUUGUAUCAGGCACCUCACAGGACACCUUUGUCAGUUAGGGGUCCUUUCUCUUGUUCAUAACAACAUGGCGGCGGCCUUGUGCAGAGGCAAACACAGACUGAAACCUUUGUGUCACUUCGCUUUUCAGUUGCCACGAAGAAAUUUUACAGGAACGUUUGAUUAUGACCUGGUGGUUAUCGGAGGUGGAUCUGGAGGUUUGGCGUGUUCAAAAGAAGCGGCUCAGUUGGGACAGAAUGUGGCUGUUCUGGAUUAUGUGGAACCUUCAGCGAGAGGCACUAAAUGGGGUAUCGGUGGAACGUGUGUGAAUGUCGGCUGUAUUCCUAAGAAGCUCAUGCACCAGGCUGCUCUGCUCGGCACGGCGAUCAAAAACGACUCGAAGAAAUAUGGCUGGCAGAUCGCCGGUCCUGUGUCACAUGACUGGGUGACUAUGGCAGGAGCUGUGCAGAAUUAUGUGAAAUCCCUGAAUUGGGGUCACAGAGUUCAGCUGCAGGACAAGAAAGUGAAAUAUUUCAAUAUGAAAGGAAGUUUGCUGGACCAGCACACCAUCCGAGGAUUAAAUGCCAGAGGAAAGGAGACGACUGUGACGGCCAGGAACAUAGUGAUAGCCACCGGCGGGCGUCCAAAAUACCCCACGCAUGUCCCGGGAGCGAGAGAGCACGGCAUCACCAGCGAUGAUCUCUUCUGGCUGAAAGAGUCUCCGGGGAAAACGCUAGUCAUCGGAGCCAGCUACGUGGCUUUGGAGUGCGCUGGUUUUCUGACAGGCAUUGGACUGGACGCCACAGUGAUGGUGCGGAGCAUCCCCCUCCGUGGAUUUGAUCAGCAAAUGGCUCAUUUGGUGACGAAUCACAUGGAGGCUCAUGGGACUCGUUUCUGCUGGAGCUGCGUUCCUAAGAAGGUGGAGAAACUUCCAUCGGGACUUCUACAGGUCACCUGGACUGAUACACAGAGCCAGCAGCAACAUCAGGACACAUUCAACUCAGUGCUGUGGGCUGUAGGUCGAGCUCCUGAAAGUGGAGCACUGAACUUGCAGCAAGUUGGCGUUCAGCUCAACACAAACACGGGCAAAAUCAUCGUAGCCAAUGAUGAACGAACAUCCGUGCCCAAUAUUUACGCCAUCGGAGACAUCGCACAGGGUCGUCCUGAGCUCACCCCAACGGCCAUCAAAGCGGGAAAACUCCUAGCUCGGCGAUUAGCCGGUCACUCCAACCAGCUCAUGAACUACGACAAUGUGCCUACCACAGUGUUUACUCCUCUGGAGUACGGAUGUGUCGGUUUAUCCGAAGAAGAAGCCGAGAGAAGAUACGGCAGUGACAAUAUAGAGGUUUAUCAAGCCUUCUACAAACCUUUGGAGUUCACCAUAGCUGAGAGAGACGCCAGUCAGUGCUACAUUAAGGUGGUGUGUGAGCGGGAAGAACCCCAGCGAGUGUUAGGGCUUCACUUUACCGGCCCCAGCGCUGGAGAACUGACCCAAGGGUUUGCUCUUGGCUUCCAGUGCGGAUUUACGUACUCUCAGCUAUGCGAUACGGUCGGUAUCCACCCCACCUGCGCCGAGGAGCUCACCAAACUCCACAUCACCAAGCGUUCAGGUCUGGACGCCACGGUGACCGGCUGCUGAGGUUAAACACCCCCCCACCUUAAAUACGCUGAACACACGGACCCUGUGGACGCAAGAAAGGAAGUGAUGUCACAAUGGGGCUAUAAUGCUCGUUUAGCAUAGGGCUGUAGUUUUCAGGUUCGUCUCACCUGCGGCCUGUCAUGACCUUUGACCUCUCUAGUCUCCAAGAGCACAAUGUUAGGCAGUCCACUUUAGAUGUUGCUGAACUUAAAAUGUUCCUAUAGACAGACGCUAAAAACACAUUUUGAGUACCGAUGUCUGUUUUAGAGCUCGGCGUAAUUUGUGUUGCUUAUCAGUCAUUUCUUUUUAGCUCCAUGAUAACACAAUAAGACUCUAGAGAAGCAAAAGUAACCGCAAAACAGGCUCAUAAAUCAGGAUUAAGGCCCCAUUACACCUCGUUGAAAUGAGAGUCACAGGAGAACGGAGCAGUCCGGAGUUUUUAAAAACAUAUUCACAGAAUAUUGUUGUUUCUCUGGCUGUACUUCCUGUCCAUUACUCAUUCUCCGCAGCUGACACUGAUGGAUGGGCUCGGUCCGUCGCCACGGUGAUACACCCCGGUUCCCAGGGAAGCGGACAAACACCGGGCGAGCAGCGUGUCAGUCAAACCCCGGGUCGAGAGAAAGCUUGUUUAAACCUUUUUUUUUUUUUAACUACAGAGGUUUCCCCUCAGAGCACACAGAGAAAACACACAUGCUCCUUCUCUCUGCAGCAACUUGAUCACUACAGAUAAAGGGUGUUGUUAUAAAUACCCCUGUACGCCUGAAGGGGCCAGUAUUCACCUCCUUUUCCCACCGUUUUUACCCCAGUUGAGCUGCAAGGAUGCCAGAUUGGUUUGGAGUGCCAGUUUACAGCUUAAUCCAGGUUAAAGUAGGUGCUAAAAUAAGCCCAAGAUGUGCAUAAUGCUAUUUCGUGGCCUUUUAUUUCACACUGUUAGCAACAUUAGCAUUUAUUUUGCUUCGUUAAAUUUCUCCCAGAAAUGACAAACUAACCAAAUUAUUAUAAUCUGUUAACUCAGAGCUAAUAUGUUUAUAUCGCUCUACAAUUUAAAAAAAAAAAAAAAAAAAAAAAAAACAAAGUUCAGAAUCUGGCAUUGUGUAUUUAAUAACGUUUAGAAUUAGCUCUGAUUGGUUUUGAUUGGUGUUAUCAGGGAGGCAAACACUAGGUACAAAGGCUGCCUAUCUAGGGACCCUACUCCUAAAUGGAACAAAAUUUGGGAGUGUAGUAAUAUCAGGGAUGGGAUAAUAAUACAGGUUAGGGAGUUUCUGGUUACUCCUAAAUACCAUCAGAAUUCCAACAUGGCCUUCGUUCCUGGGUAGAUCAUCACCACAAACCAUUAAGGACAACACAUUCCAUUAAACCACCAUUACAGACCACCAGAAAUCCAUCAGAAAACCCAUCAGAAACCACUAGAAAUCUCUAACCUUUUCUAAUGAUUUCCAGCAGGGUUCAUUUUAUUCCUAUUAGAUAGCUAGCUAGAAAGAAAAUUAGCUGUUGUUAAUACAGUAUCUAUUCUUUGACUAGCUACAAAAAUCUACAUAACUGCAUUACUUUAACAUAUAAACUUUUCACCUCGUCUUUUACUCCUACAUUACAGGCUCAGUUUUGUUUCUCUGGUUAGAAAUACACUCGGAGAAGGUUGCAGGGAGGCUUGUUCUGUUUUGCCGAGCGACUUUUCUGUGAUUUUUACCCCAACAGAGGAGGUUUGUUUUUGUCUGAUGUGCCUCAGCUCUCUGAUUAAUGAGGCUCGGAGUGUGUGUGACAGGCCGCUGUGGAGACCGAGACCGAGACGAGCAGCACUACUAGGUUUAUUUGGACCUGAGGAGGGAGUGAGGGGUCCUGUGUUCAUGUGUUUUAGGGAACAGGGGGUGCUGACUGAAGAACCCUGACCCCAGUACACUACCAAUAACAAUACACACACACACCCCUAUAGAGGACAUGGAUGGCCUGGGACUGGAGUGGAAUUUAACAAAAGGAUCCACGUCUCCUCACUGGAGUUCAGAAGUUUGAAAAUUCGUCCAUAUAUAUUUCACAAUUUGUUCUUCAGACAGCUGUGUUGAUGUUAUAUUUUCAUGUCACAAUAAUUACCACUGUAUCAUGGUUUACGAUAUUAUCGUGAUUGUAGUUGCGUAACAUGCUGGAGGCCUUUGAAUGCUCCUGGACAUUCACUUUGAAUGCUCAUUGGACAGCUUUUUAUCUCAAAAGGAAUGUUGAGGCAUUUUUUAGGGUCAUCAUACAUCGUAACUUUUACGCAUUGUACCAUUUAUUUAUUCCCUAUCGCUUGCUCGUUUAGCUAAGCUAAGUUGACACUGAACACAACUAGACCACCAUUCAAUAAAUCAGAUAGCUAGCUCACUGACUAGCUGACUAAUGAUGCUUAACUAGUAAGCUAGCUGCAAAAGCUAGCUUAAUAGAGCUGAGUGCAAAAAUUAGUGCCCCCUCUCAGUUUUUCUGUGUAAAGGAGGAUAGAAAAUGUAGCUGUUUAACAAUUUUUGUACUAGAAAAGGAUAUCAAUUUCACUCUUGGAGCAAGAGAACAAUUCAAAAUGAGCAGACAAGUAAUUUGAAAGGGAUUUUUGAGGGUCCAAAAGCUGCACAAAGGAAGUUAUUAGAGAAUAUUGAUGUCACGUCCAGAAAAAGGGGAUGCAACAUUACACACAAUACAUGUCUUGAGGGUACUCGUAAAAUUUUUGUCCUGAGGGGAUACAAACUUUUGCACAAUUUUAAAUGUAACAAUAAGUAAUUGUGGCUAAAACAUGGGCAAAAAAUAUGAAGAAAGACAUUUCAGUACCACGAUAUAUCGUGUAACUUAUUACCAGAACAUGCCUAGUACAUUCUUUGCUAAUAUAUCAUGUUUAAGAUCUUAAGCAUUUAUUUCUGACACACACAACCUCCAGGCUCACAGUUCCUGUCCCUACACACAUAGACACACACACACACACACACUUGCACUCACUCUGAGGGGUCAGGGUUGAGCUUCUCAGGGGGUCGGUUAAUGAGGACCUGCACUAAAAGCCCUCAGUGGAGAGGGCAGGUCUGAUGUGCUCCGCCGUCCCCGCUCUGCGUGUGUGUACAUAGAGCGAAGGAUAAUCUGAUAUAAAGCUUUGUAACUGUAUAAUUUAUGUGUAAAGUAAUAAAUGAUGAGAGUGUA